AUGUACCAUGUUCAACCCUCACGUCAGACAUUCAAGAUGCGUUACACCACUGCUCUCAUUGCUGCUCUGCAGGUCGCUAGCUUCGUCCAGGCCAGCCCUAUUCUCUCUGAUAGAGACGUCGCUGCGCCUGUCGAUAGCCAGGCUCUCGACGUUCGCAAUUCUGGAGACAUCGCCAACCUCGACGCCGACAAGAUCGUUGACCUCGAGGUCCGUGGCAUCGAGAAGCGUGCCACCGAUAUCACUCUCUCUGCGGACACCGGCUACUAUAAGCGUGUUGCCUACAAGGGCGCCGUCAUCUUGCUUCACCUCUUCUACGACCUGGCUGUCAACCACGUCGUCUUCUACUGGACCAUUGACGGCACGACCCCGGCUCCCGGCAGCAUCCCUCUCGCCUUUGACGACCCUAUCGGCGGUGGUUUCACUCUGAGACAGUACACCCACGACACUCGCUACAACCUUGGAAGUGCUAUGCGCCCUGGCGAUGUAAUCAAGGUCACCCCUUAG